AUGGUGGGAAAAUACGCUGCCUCUACUUGUCUUCCAUUUGUUUCCCCCCCUCUCAGAAACCCUAAUCCUCACUCUUUGUAGUUUUUACAGCUAGUAUUUCUUCAAAACCCUAAUUCCAUCUCUGAAUCUAGGCUUCCUCUGAUACAUGCUAUUGAUGUCCUCUUUCUCCACUGUAUAACUUGGUUCCGUGCUGUUUUUUCUUUGAGCUCAAUUUCCCUUCGUUUUACCCAUUAUUCUCUGCAAUUCCAUUGGAGACUUACACGAGAAUCUUCCCAUAUUGUGCUGUUUUUCAAAAUUGCAUCUGGGGUUUCUCCUAAAUCUAAUCACUAUUGGCUUUCUAGGUUCUCUGCAAGUCCACAAAAUAAUACAUGCUGGGAUUGUCGGGGAUAAGUUUCGGUUUUAUUGUGGCCAGUUUCUUUUGAGAGCCGAUUUUGGGAUCAUUUUCCCAAUUGUAUAGCUGGGUGUCUGAAGCUUUUCUUUGAGAAUCCAUGGCUGAACCACCAGAAAAUGCUGUAUCUGAUGAUGCAUCAGGAUACUCAUUGGGUCAUUCUGUGAUCCCAAUGGUGAACAAGUUACAGGACAUAUUUGCACAGUUAGGGAGCAGUUCCACCAUAGACUUACCUCAAGUUGCAGUGGUGGGAAGCCAAAGUAGCGGAAAAUCGAGUGUUCUUGAGUCUCUGGUUGGGAGGGAUUUCUUGCCGAGGGGUUCCGAUAUUUGCACGAGGCGGCCUCUGGUUUUGCAGCUUGUGAAUACACCUCGAAAGGGGGAGGGGGCAGAGGGAUCAGAGUGGGGGGAGUUCUUGCACCUGCCUGGGAAGCGUUUUUUUGAUUUUGCAGCCAUUCGACGGGAAAUUCAGGCUGAAACAGAUCGGGAAGCAGGAGGAAACAAAGGUGUUUCAGAUAAACAGAUAAGGUUGAAGGUGUUCUCACCAAAUGUGCUCAAUAUCACUCUAGUAGAUUUGCCUGGCAUAACUAAAGUUCCAGUUGGAGACCAGCCAUCUGAUAUCGAAGCAAGGAUUAGAACCAUGAUAUUAUCAUAUAUCAAGCACGAAACUUGUAUAAUUUUGGCAGUUUCUCCUGCAAAUGCUGAUUUAUCCAAUUCAGAUGCACUUCAGAUGGCAAGAAUUGCCGAUCCAGAUGGUUCUCGUACUAUUGGUGUGAUUACAAAGCUGGAUAUAAUGGACAGGGGAACAGAUGCUCGCAAGCUGUUGCUUGGGCAUGUAAUUCCUCUUCGACUUGGUUACAUCGGCAUUGUGAAUCGCAGCCAAGAGGAUAUUAUGUACAACCGGAGCAUUCAGGAUGCCCUUGCCUGUGAAGAUAACUUCUUCCGCAGUCGGCCAGUAUAUCAUGGUCUUGCAGAUCGUUGUGGUAUUUCUCAGUUAGCUAAAAAGUUGAACCAGAUUCUUGUGCAGCAUAUCAAAGCUGUUCUACCAGGUCUAAAAGCCCGUAUAAAUUCUCAAAUGGUUUCUGUUGUGAAAGAGCUUGCCACAUAUGGUGAAGUUACAGAAUCCAAAGCCGGACAGGGGGCACUUUUACUCAACAUUCUCACAAAAUACUCAGAGGCAUUUUCAUCAAUGGUCGAGGGGAAGAAUGAGGAAAUGUCUACAUCUGAGCUUUCAGGGGGCGCACGCAUUCACUAUAUUUUCCAGUCUAUAUUUGUUAAAUGCUUGGAGGAAGUUGAUCCCUGUGAUGAUCUAACUGAUGAAGAUAUUCGAACGGCUAUUCAGAAUGCUACUGGCCCCAAAAAUGCUUUGUUUGUACCUGAGGUACCAUUUGAAGUCUUGAUAAAAAGGCAGAUCGCUCGACUUUUAGAUCCAAGCCUUCAGUGUGCACGAUUUAUAUACGACGAGUUAAUAAAGAUGAGUCAUCGAUGCCAGGCUGUUGAGCUGCAGCGGUUUCCUGUUUUGAGGAGACGCCUGGAUGAAGUUAUUGGAAACUUCUUGCGAGAAGGUUUGGGACCUGUUGAGACAAUGAUUGGCCACAUAGUUGAAAUGGAGAUGGAUUAUAUAAAUACUUCACACCCGAAUUUUAUUGGCGGAAGUAAAGCUGUAGAGAUGGCCACCCAGCAAUUGAAGUCUUCUAGGUUAUCAGCGACUUUGCCAAAAGCCAAGGAUGGGGUAGAAUCUGACAAAAUUCAAAUGUCAGAUAGGACUCAGAAGUCCCGUGCACUUCUUGCGAGAUCUACUGCAAACGGGGUUAUUGACCAGGGGAUUCGACCGGUUGCAAAUAAUGAGAGACCAGGAUCAGCUGGAGGCACCUCUGGGUCAAGUUGGGGCAUCUCAUCAAUAUUUGGAGGUAGUGAGAGCCGUGCAAGUGCAAGGGAGAACUUUACAAACAAAUCAUAUGGUGAACCUGCUCAUAAUUUGGAGAACUCCUUCUCUAUGAUCCAGUUAAAAGAGCCUCCUAGCAUCCUGAGGCCCUCGGAGACACAAACAGAGCAGGAGGCAGUUGAAAUAGGAGUGACAAAAUUGCUUUUGAGAUCAUACUAUGAUAUUGUUAGAAAGAACAUCCAGGAUUAUGUUCCGAAGGCAAUAAUGCAUUUCUUGGUUAACCAUGCGAAGAGAGAGCUUCACAAUGUCUUUAUUAGGAAACUAUACAGAGAAAAUAUUUUUGAAGAGAUGCUGCAGGAGCCUGAAGAGAUAGCAACAAAACGGAAACGCAGUCGUGAAAUCCUCCGUGUUUUGCAACAAGCCUUCCGAACAUUGGAUGAACUGCCACUUGAGACCGAUAGCAUUUUGAAAGGCUCUAGUACGGCCACUGAUGCAACUGGUCUACCAAAGAUACAUGGGCUGCCGUCCUCUUACUAUACAGUGCCCAAUGGUGACUUCACACCUUACAUGGGCUCACCAAAAAACCCUAGGUCCCGGAAGUCAUCACACUCAGGUGAGCAACCAUCACCUUUCAACACUAGCUCUGAGGCUAAUGGCAGUGGCCACCAUUCUGGUCAGGGAUCUGCCUACCCAACUAUUGAUACCUAGGAACCUGCACCAGUGUUUCCAAGUUGUGGUUGAUUUGGUUUUGAGGGUCUACCUUUCGUGAAGUUCUAAUGGUUGAUUGACCCCGGGUAGCACUCUCUCAGGUAAUACAAAAAGAGGAGGGUGAGAGCAAAUGUAUAUUAUUUUACAGACCAUGCAUUCUAUUCGAUUUUGUUGGUAGCUUCUAAAAUAUCUCGCCAUGCUCAGUACCGACUUUGAUUAUAAGAACGGAAUAAGAAUCUUGAGAGCUGGUGGUUCGCUGAGUUCUUGAUAAGCUUUUCCCAUUGUGAAAUUCAUGUACUUAUUUAAGUUCUAUAGUCACAAUGUGGUGCUUGAGAGUUUUGGAAGUAUAUCUGGUCCGUGUGGGAACAAAUAUCUCAUUAUCUGUAAUUCAAAGUAUUCUUUGUUAAAUAUCGUGAACUAUGA